AUGGAUAAACUAUGCACUCCAAUAAUUCCAAAUGAUUUGAAUAAUUUGCAACAAAUAAAAUGUGAAUCACCAUUAAUUAAUGAAAUUGAUGUCGAUUCGGAUCAAAUAGAUUUGAAAAAUUCAAAUUCACAAUCAAUUCAUUCACAUAAUACAUUAGAUUUAAUUGGUAAUCAUCAACAUAAUCAUCGUGUACAAUCACCAGCAUCAUUAUCAUUACGUUUAGCAGCGGCUGCAGCAGCUGCUGCUGCUGCAUCGGCACAUCAUCAUCACCAUUCACAGCAUCAUCAACAUCAUCAUUCAUUGAUAAAUGGAACAGCAACAACGUCAACGACGGCGACAACAACUACUGGAACAUUGGUCAAUCAUCAACACAGUGGUACUAAUGGUAAUAAUAAAAUUAAACAACGAAGAUCGCGUACGAAUUUUACAUUAGAACAAUUAAAUGAAUUGGAACGAUUAUUUGAUGAAACACAUUAUCCGGAUGCAUUUAUGCGCGAAGAAUUAUCGCAACGAUUAGGUCUUUCGGAAGCACGUGUUCAGGUUUGGUUCCAGAAUCGUCGUGCUAAAUGCCGUAAACAUGAAAGUCAAAUACAGAAAAAUACCAUAAUGAUGAGUCCACAUAGUAUUACUGGUGGUGGUUCAAUUUCGGAACAAUCACGUGCAACUAUCAAUAACUACCUCAUGAAUAAUAAUAAUAAUUCAAUUGCUGCAGCUAAUACUACUACCGGUUUAAAUAUUCAUUAUGGACUAUCAAAAUCACAUACAUCGCAAUCACAAUCAUUAUCAUUAUCACCAUCUAUUAUUAAUCCAUCAAAUACAGCUGCAAUGAUUGAAUUUGAUAGAAAUUAUCGAUCAAAUCAUAACCAUCAUCCUCAUCAUCAUCAUCAACAGCUAGGAUUAUUAACAUCGACACCAUCAUCGAUAUUACAAUCACAUCCAAGUGCAAUACAAACUUCAACAAUAACGCCUAUUUCCACGACCGUAGCAUCGAUUGGCAAUAAUGUUCAUAUUGGUGGCCAACCAUCAUUAUCAACAUCAUUCAAUAUGGCACAUUAUAUGCCUUAUCUAAGUCAUCCAAUUAAUCUUUUACAACAUUAUGCAGCAUUAGCAGCUGUAGCAUCAUCAUCAUCAUCAUCAACAUCAUCAUUACCAUUUACUUGUAAUUCAUUGUUUAAUAAUGGCAAUUCUUCUUCAUCCGUAUCAUCAUCAUCACCUAGCGUACAUUUAUUUGGAUCAUCACCAUCAUCAUCAUCUUCAUCAGGAUUUGGUCUUUCAUUUAGAGUGCCUAUGACAACAAUUGCAACAUCUUCACCAACAACAACGACAACGACAGCAACGAUAAAAACGAACGUUGAAGAACAAACAGAAUCAGAAAUAUUUACCCGAAAAAGUCAUACUGAAAAAGAAUCAUUUAGUCCCAUUGAAAAAGAUCGGUUGAAAAUCGAUAAUGAAGAUUCAAAAGCUUGAUUUAUUAUUAAUUUCUCAUUAUUUGAUCUCAAUUUUAUUUCAGAAAAAAAUGUACACACUAUACGAUUAAA